ACACAGAAGUACGUGACGCGUCGUUUAUUAUUCGAGAGAAGCAAAGACCCAGGUCUUACGGAAAGACCUCGCUAGCAUGUAGCUUUAAAGCCGGACUUCCUGGAGUCUUUUACUUUGAAGGUCCGAGGCGGAAGCUCCUCCUUCGCCGAAGCGUCAACUUGGCGCUGCUGAGGCGAGUAGUGGGGAGCAAAGUGAGGCGCUGCCGGUCCUGAGGCAGAGGCGGCAUCCCGCUGUGUUUCCAGGUGUUUUCCUGCUCCUCUACUGCCACUCCCACUCCUCCGCGUCCAGUUUUUCUUUCUUUUCUUUCUUUUUUUUUGUGGGUGUCUGCGAAACAUUUAGAGUGUCACAUUUUUGCGGCAGCCCCAGCGAGCGGAACACCUGACUUGUCCUGCAUCUUCACGCCCCCCCCUCCAGACCAGAUGUCCAGGGGACCCGCGGAGCUGCAGCCGCUGAUGCCCGCCGCUCACCGCAUCCCUGCUUGUUGCUCAUGUAGUGCUGCACGGAGGGAGGACGAGGACAAGUUGAAGUCUCGCUCCUGAAAGGCGGCGAGCUCCAGAUGCAUUGGCUCCUGGGCCGGGAGAAGAAAGAAGACGAAGCCGGGUUCGGGAUCGGUCUGGGUCUGUCCUCGGGUUCCGCGCCCCACGCCGCCGCCGCCACAAUGUUCAGCUGUGUGGGCUGCUUCUGGGUGUUCCUGUCCUCCGCCCUGGUGGCCGUCUGCAGCUUCAGCUUCAUAUCCCCCGCCUGGAUUGUCAAGGAGCAGCUGAGGAGCGGCCACCAGCAGCACCAUCAGCACCACGGCGCCAAAGACUCGGUGAGCUUCGGCUUGCUGUGGCACUGCUCCGAGUCUCUGGAUCACAUGUACCGGUGCUACACCUUCGGGGGACUGGGCAAAUUUGCGGAGAUCCCCUCCAGCUCCUGGCAGACCAGCGCGGUGCUGUGCUCGGGAGGCUGCGCCCUGCUGGCGGUCAGCUCCCUGUUGGCCAUCAUCACCAUCUUCCUGCCGGGCGGAGGCUGCGAGCGGAGGAUCUGCACCCUGGCCGGAUACAUGCAGAUGGCGUCAGUGUUCAUCAUGGCCACUGGUCUGCUGGUGUACCCUUUUGGCCUUAACUCCUCACUGGUCCGAUCUUUCUGCGGAGAUGCUGACAUCUACUACGCCGGCGAGUGCCAGAUCGGCUGGGGCUACAUGCUGGCUAUCGUUGGAGUCAUGCUCACCGUCUUCUUGCCCUUUUUUGCCAAAUAUGCACCGAAGGAGCAGCUGUCCCCCACCCCAUUGCCCACUCUGUUAUAGUUCCGUCUUCUUUUUCCUCUUUUACUGUUGACCACUUUAUAUGUCCCGGGACAUGAUGUCCCCGUUCCUGGGAGAAGCUCUGCCCAGAGACAGCUGAAGCUGAAAACACACAUAUAUAAAAAAAAAAAAAACCAAACAAACGCUGUCUUCCUGCUUCUGUAAUGUUAUGAACUCAAAUUGAAGUCAUUUAAAUUUCUUUUUAAACAGUGAACUUUCUGUUUUGUUUUUGUUGAAUGAAAACAUAAAACAUUCCAAAUGGAAGCAUGAUGCUCUGUGGUUUCAGCCACAUUAAUAUUUCAGUGCAAGUUUUUUUUUCACUGAGAAAGCUUGACGAAGAGGCAAUAAGGACAGUUCAAGGAUUUAAAGGAAAUUGUACAGACAGAGGCAUUUGAAUCUUCAAUUAGUUCUCUCUAAAAUGAAUUGAUCGUAAAUAAAUCCACGGGAACUCUGAAGUUCUAAAUGACUCUUUAAAAUAAGAACUUUGAUAUUUGGAAGGACUUUUUCCCCCCUCUUCUCUUGGAACUUGCAUUAACCAGCUGGGGAGUCAAAACGACGUUCAGCUGUCAAAGACUGAGUUCCUCACGCGUUCAAGAAAACUUUGAACGCAAAGGAUCACAGACGCAGCAUCAAAACCUCUGAACGGACAACUUAAGGAUCAGAUUCCCGUCCUAAAAGGAGGAAAAUCACGACAGGUAGUUGUUUCCGUGGGGUGUCGUCAUAAGAUAAAGGACAAAGACAAAGAAAGAUAAUAAUAAUUAAAAAAAAUGUUGAAAACGCUGCGUGUUUUUGUCACCCUCUUCCCCAGAUUUGUUUGUGUGAUGUGCUUCUUUUCUCUGCCUCCGACACGCGAUGCUAACUUUAAUUCAGGAAAGAAAAUGUUGCAAAAUGCCAGGAGAUGUAGGGAUUGUGUCUAAAACUGCAUGAAAAGAUGGGCUUUGUUAAUGGUAGAACAGCUGAUCUAGAUUUUCAAUGUGAUCUGACCAACUUGUGCCUUUUGACGUAACAAAGACAAGUUUCAUACAGUUAUCAGGUAUUGAUCUCUCUCUGCUGAAAACUGAGGAUUCUGUUGUGUCACGUGAUGUGUUUUUUCUCUUCUGGUUUUUCCUCUCGGUGGUUAGGUGUUUUUAUGUACUUCAUGCAGUGUGUGAUUAUAGUUUGGAGAAAUGCUGAAAAGAGAAAAGAUGUGUUUGAACCCUUGAGGAUGACAGCCGCGAAGAAAGCGACGCACUCGUUUUAAAUUAUCCCCUGAAAUGCUUCUGCAAAUUACUGAAGAGGUGAAUCACUCAAAAUGCUUCACGGAGUGCAGCAAACAUUUAGUCUCGGAAUCCAUCUUUUUUUAUGAAUUGAGUGAAAAGACUAGAGGAGGAUUCUACAUUUUUAAGCCAGCACACGAUCGAAAUGAUGUGUGAAAUAUGAUCCAGUUUCCGCUUCCUGUUCACUGCCAACUUCUUCCAACCCAACCUCCAUUUUCAACGUGUUUAAGAAGAUUCAUAUUCAGUUAUUGAUCAGUUUUACUAACAGACUAAACCUUAAAAUAACUCCCAAUUUGGGCUUCAAUACUGACAGAGAUUGAAAAUUUAAUGUGACUUUGUUGCCAUAUUUCAAAGCUAAUAGGAAUUAGAAAUGUAAGUAGUGUACUGGACCUCUUACUGUGCUUGACUGGGGUAACGACGUUGGACUCAUUCCCUUAUUUGUUGGACAUUUAUGUGUAAAGUCUCAGCACUGGUGAAAAAAGAAAAAAGUGAUUUGUAGAGAAAAUAUGUUGACUUUUUUUUUAUUGUGGAAUUUGACUGUAAAUAAACUAACUGUUGUUGAUAUCA